AUGAACACUUCAAAUACUGAGGUUGAAGAAGAAAUUCGUAUCCUUCAAGAAACUCUUGUUGUUAAGCAGCGCCGAUCUAACGAGAUAAAAAAGGCUCUUGGUUUUACCACACUUUCUACAUUGCAGUAUGACCUCAUGGAAGGUAUUCAUAAAUUGGAAGAUACAGAAGCAUAUAUCAAAACAAGCGAACUUUUAAGUAAAGCUAAAGAUAAGACCGUCAAUGUAGCCCAAGAUGCUAAAGAAAAAGUCGGAUCAACAAUAUCUGCUAUUCGGAAUUCAGAGGUUGUGAAAUCAUUGAAUGAUAAAGUUGGUUCUGCCUAUUCAACAGUUAAAGAUGUUAUAAUUCAUUCGACGUAUGGACAUCCACCAGAUGAUGGGACUGAAUAUGUUAGUAAUAAUAAUACCAAGAAAUAA